AUGGGUUCAAACAUUCAUGCCCCAACAGUAGCCUCCGGCCCUACGUCCGGAGGCGCUCCUUCUCGCGACCUGUCCAAGCUCGGCAUGGUCGAUCUCAUGCAAGAAAAGGAACGCAUCGAAGAAGAACUCUCGGCUUUGAGUAGCGUCCUCGGCUCGCAUGGCGUUAAUAUGAACACAUCGCUCACUACUUUCGAUGGCUUCCCACGAGACGAUAUCGAUGUUGCCCAAAUACGCACUACUCGAGCCCGGAUUAUUCGACUGCGGAACGAUCAUAAAGACGUGAUGUCACAUCUGGAGAAAGGAAUCCACAACCACUUCGCAAACUUGCAGCGGGCGCAAACUGCCGUACAAUCGGGUGGCGGUCUGAAUGGUACAUCUGGGUCGCAAGCUAGUGUGACUGGCAAUAAUACAUCCGGUGCUGGGGCAUCUGGGUUACCGUUCGCAAAGGUCAAUAGUGUGGUGCCUGGAAGUCCCGCCGACCAGGCAGGUCUGAGGGUUGGAGAUACCGUUCGGGAAUUCGGGAGUGCCAACUGGCUUAACCAUGAACGUCUCUCCAAGGUGGCAGAGAUAGUGCAGCAGAGUGAAGGGGUAAGUUGGAGAUUUCCUUCCAACCUUCGGCUUCUUUGUGUCAAGGACAUACACUUGCGAAAUGCUUUAAACUAA